AUGAAGAAUAAAAGUCGCAGUAUUUGCAAGCUGCAUAAGAAGAAAUCGGGAGUAGGAAGUCGGUCAACUUUCACGCAGACGGUAAAGAGAUCUUUCCGUGUUUAUUGUGAAAAUACAGGAUUGCACGGCUUUCGUUAUAUUGUUACAAGCAAAACGACAUUUGAUAAGACGAUUUGGUUCACGAUUUGCUUAUCGGCCCUUGUCUUUUGCGUAAUGCUCAUGUUGCGUUUGUGGCAUUAUUUUUCAAACAAUCCUACGGUAACGAUAAUCGACACGUCGAAUCCCAUAAGGGAAUUGCAUUUUCCAGGCAUUACUAUAUGCAAUAAUAAUAAAGUUUUCAAACCACAUGCUGACAAAAUUGCAGAAAAACUGCUGAUAAAUGGAUUCGAUAGUGACAUGAGCAACAAGCUGUUCUCUUCCUUGAUGAAACUGAUACGACCAGAUAAAAUUGAAAUCGAUAAUGCAACUGCUUCGUUGGCCCUUGACAUCCUAGGUUACUCAGUGGAUAGACUUAUGCUUGAGUUGAUGCAACCGUGCAAUUUACUUUUAGUGAGAUGCUCCUGGCUGGGCAAACUGUACGAUUGCAAUAAGAUUUUCAAAACGGUGAAGUCGAACGAAGGUUUCUGUUGUGGCUUCAAUUACCAUUACGAUCUUUCUGCUGAUUAUAGCAACGAGUAUGCUUGGCUGAUGAAUAUCACGAUGAUCGCGGAAGAUUUACAUAAAUCUAAUUCUUCCGAUACUUUACCAGGUGUUGGAAAAAUUCUGCAUGUGCCAGGAACAGGACGUGAUAUCGGAUUGGCGGUGGCACUGAAUAUUGACCCCGAAAAUUACAAAAGUUCGGUGAGGCAAUUUGUGGGUGCCACCGUGUUAAUCCACGAUCCCCAAGAUUAUCCGGAUAUUGGUGCACAAUCGGUCACUUUGCAACCGGCCCACGUAAUGGCAAUAACACUUGCUGGAACGAAAAUACAAAGCUCCAAAGAUAUUCAAAACAUACCCCUGCGUAAAAGGAUGUGCCUGUUCGAUGGCGAGGUAAGUGGAAAUUUACGAUGGAGAUUUUAACCUGGGGAACGAGCAUACAGUUAUCAAACAUGCAUUUCGGAAUGCAUACAGCAGAAAACUUAUGGUUCGUGUGGGUGUUUGCCUUUUUUCUAUCCAGAUGAACAUCCAAACGAGCGUACAUGUUAUUUGACGGACGUGGAUUGCAUCUUAGCUCACAGAAGAAAUCUAUCGCAAGUAAACUUGUCACAUAUCAACGACUGUAACUGCCUUCCACAAUGCAAUGAUAAAUCAUACGAAGUGGUCUCUGAGUCUAUACCAGUGGGGAAUGUAGGAUACGAUUCUGAAAUAACGCGUAAUUUGAACAUUAAGAAUACAUCUUUUUUAUACGUGUAUUUUCGAGAUGCCACCUACCUCGAGUACCGUAAAGAAACUAUCAUAGGAUGGGAUAGCCUUCUCGCUUCAUUCGGUGGAAUCUUCGGACUCUGUCUAGGCGGCUCGGUGAUAAGUUUAGUCGAAUUUCUUUACUAUCUACUAACGGACUUUUUUGGUAUUCGUAAAAGGAAAGAGAGAAUACAGAAUGAUUUGCCACCUGCUUCGAAAUUAUUCGUCUCCAUGCCCACGAACAUGCAUUUGAAGAAAUGCAACACAACUUUAAAUCAACGCACGUUUCUCGAAUGGAAUCAGUAG